AACACAACCUCCCCUCUGGACUUCACUUCACAACAGCAACAAACUCUUGGUAGGGCCUCUGGUCUGUGGGCCGCUCCCAGCUGGGUUUGGGAAGCUCCCCUGACUAGAGCGGCAGGGUCAACCCUUUUGUGAAGUUUUGUUGUGGAUCUGAAUGGUGUGACGGUAUUAAAACUGACAGAGAAGAGCAGGCUUUGUUUGGAAUGGGACGCUAAGCAGCCAGGAUGGAGGGGGCUGAAGAGGAAAACUUUUCUGAUCCAAAUGUCGUGGAUCCAGAGGAGAUGGAAGUCUCCACGGAGCUGGUCCUCCUGUCCUCCGACAAACGCUUUGGCUUCUCUGUCAUGGGCGGAGCUGACGAGGGCUUCUCUCCCAGAGUUGACGAAAUCGCUGCAGGUUCCCCAGCUGACCGUGCAGAUCUAGAAGUCGGGGACGAGAUUCUUGAGGUGAACGGGGAGUCUUUGGAGAAUGCCACACACUCGGAGAUAAUCGCCCACAUUCACAAGUGCAUAAAAUCUAGAACGAUAUGUCUGCGUGUCAAGAGGCGCAACGGACUUCCACCUGAUCUUACAGAAUCCAGUAAUUCCAUACAACAGGCAUAUGUGAUUGCAGUUGAGGACCAGGCGAAAGAGCGGCUAGAGCGGCUAGCCGAGAGGAACAGGGUGAAGCCCAUUGAUAUGACCAACAUGCCCGAACUGACUGACAAGUCCAAGUCGGACAUGAACGGUGUUGUGGACAGCCCAGUCUACGUUGCCAGCAUUCCCAAAAACGGACUCACGAACGGGGAUCCCACGCUUCACGACGGAGGCAGCCCGGUGGAACUCUUGCACAGAAAGGACAUUGUGGACGAUCCGAUCAUCAGUCCGGUGAAGAAGGACUCUCAGAAGCUUGUGCUGGACUACGGGAAACUGAACGGGCCCAACGGUGCAAUUGUGAACGGUAACGGUGAGCCCAGGGCAAACGGACCCACAUCAUUGCACCACGACGAAACAGACUUGAACGGGGACACAGACCCGUUCCAGGAGUCGAGUAGCGAUACAACCCUCCCGAGCAAUAACUCCACGAUGAGCUCAGACUCUACCGCACAAAUGAACGGACCCAUGGUGACGGUGAACCAUGUCCCCAGUAAUAACGUACCUCGAGAAGUGCCAGUUGAUUGCCCGCCGAACUUUGUCGCCCAAAGCGGGAUGAAGGACCCUCCCCCUGCAUACACGCACCCUUCAUCAGAGGCAAGCACCCCAAUAAACACCCCCCAGACGCCUCCACCCACCCCCAUCCAUCCCCCAGAUCCAAAGGAGACGCAGGACAACACGAACAUGGAUCUGGCAGGGGCUGCCAUCGCAGCAUCGUCUCUCCCUGCGAGUAACUCUCCGGUGCCGCGCGGUGGGCCGGGGAUGGGGAGUGCACGGUUCCGUCAGCACCAGGAGGAGGUGCGGAGGAGGAGGGAGGAGGAGGAGCGACGAACACGGGAGGCAGAGCAGCUGGUGAGAGAGGGUUCCAUCAGGAUGAGGAAGCUGGAGGAGAACCCAGUACCACUGCUGGAGGAGAAGAAGCUGGAAGGGGUGGAUAACCCGCUGUUUGAGGAUGAUGAUGCUGGAUCAGUGCCUCCGAAACCAGGCAGUGAAGCAAGGAAAUCUGUCGAACUGGACGAGCUGUUCUCCUCCCUGGGGCACAUCCAGGGCAAGCUCAACUCCAGGGAGGCGGACGACGUCGCAUUCCUCAAGAACCUGUUCCACGACAGCGACUUCCAGACCGCUGUUCGCAUCCACAACCUGGUGUCAGACGUCUACGACAAGCCAGAACCACCGGUCCCCGUAGCCACGAAUGCAGUCGAGGUUUCUCAAGAGGUGAAGACACUGUUGCCCACCACCAGAAGCCAGGAUGCUGAGGAGCUGGCUCACAUCCUGAACAAGCCCAACGUGGGGGGACUACUUCUGGCUCAUGACCGAGUGGCCGCCAGAGAAGUCCUGCCCCCCAACCCGGACGAUGGAAUCAUUGAGCGAGCGUCGCAGUACACGGAAGACACCGUCAAGAUCGUUCGCAUCGACAAGUCACAGGAAGCACUGGGUGCAACAGUGAGAAAUGAAGGAGACGCAGUUCUUAUCGCCAGAAUAGUCAAAGGGGGUGCAGCAGAGAAAAGUGGUUUGUUACAUGAAGGAGAUGAGGUUCUGGAGAUUAAUGGCAAGGAGGUGCGGGGGAAGUCUGUCAACGAGGUCUGCGACAUGAUGGCAGAAGCUGUUGGGACGAUAACGUUCCUGCUCAUCCCAUGUCAGGACAGGAGACAGAAAGGUUUAGAUGGAGUGGUGCAUGUAAGGGCACACUUUGACUACGACCCUCUGGACGACAUGUACAUCCCGUGCCGCGAGCUGGGCCUGUCGUUCCAGAAGGGCGACAUCCUGCACAUCGUGAACCAGGACGACCCCAACUGGUGGCAGUCCUUCCGCGAGGGGGAGGAGGACCAGAGUCUGGCCGGGCUGGUGCCCAGCAGGAGCUUCCAGCAACAGAGAGAAGCUAUGAAGCAAACAUUAGAGGAUGACAAAGAACCAAAGAAGAAAGGAGGGCUGAAUGUAGGUGUGGGUUCUCCUCCCCCAGGCAAGCUACUGUGUGCCAAGAAGAACAAGAAGAAGAAAAAGAAGAAGGUGCUGUACAACGCUGCACAGAAUGAAGACUAUGACCUUGAGGAGAUCCUGACGUAUGAGGAGGUUGUGCAGUACCGGCAGCCGGCGGACAGCAGGAGACCGGUGGUGCUGAUAGGUCCGCCUAACGUGGGGCGACACGAGCUCCGACAGCGCCUCAUGGAGAGCGACCCUGAGAAGUACACGGCAGCAGUGCCACACACAAGUCGGAGCCGCAAGGACCAGGAGGUUGAUGGGAAGGAUUACCACUUCAUCCCGCGGGGCCAGUUUGAGCAGGACAUCCUGGCAGGGAAGUUUGUGGAGCACGGCGAGUAUGAGAAGAAUAUCUACGGAACCAGCCUGGACGCCAUCCGCAGGGUCAUCAACAGCAACAAAGUCUGCGUACUUAACCUCCAUCCUCAGGACGAUCAGCCAGCGGUAGCACUAAUCAGGGCGCUGAAGAUCCUGAAGAGUUCAGACCUGAAGCCCUUCAUCGUUUUCGUGGCGCCUCCAGGGCUGGAGAAGCUUCGACAACUCAGGAACAAGAUGGGGGACCAUCCAAAGGACGAAGAGUUAAGAGAGACUAUAGAGAAGGCCAGGGAGAUAGAACUCAACUUUGGGCACUACUUUGACUACGUGAUCGUGAACGGCGACCUGGACCGGGCGUACAACGAGCUGCUGCGUGAGAUCGGCAGGCUGGAGACGGAGGCGAUGUGGGUCCCAGCGGCCUGGGUCAGCUCUGCCUCCAGCACGUGAGACUGUGGUGGCCUGAAGGAAUGAAAGACGAGUGAUGAGAGACUGAAGAUGUGCUGUGUCUGAGAUGGAAGGAGAGGAAGAGUAGAGACAGAGAGGUGUACAGCCGAUCUGAGAAAGCCUUCUGAAGCAGAAAUGAAAGAAGGAAUGUUUGGAAGAAGUAAAAAGUGUUACGUGAUUGUGGAGAUAAAACGUUUUGUAUGUACAGUGCCAGAGACUGGUCCCACCAGAAAAAUGCCUUAUGAAUAUUUCGAUCUUGUAUCCAUAAUAUACAUUGUAUGCUGUACACAGGCUAGUUAAUAUUAUUAUUUGUAAUUGGAAACCAAUAGCCAUUAAAUGUGAUCAAGUACUAGAGGAUCUCAGAGAGGAUUCAGAUGAAGUUUGGCAGGACGCCAGGUUGUCGUUUCUGUGAGAAGUUGUGAUAUCUGAGAUGUUGUACUACUUACCACAGACUUGUAUAUUGUACUGACCUAUCCAUAGAUAAUUCAGCUUUUCAGUUAGAUAACUCACCUCACAGCCACAGUAGUGAUUUACCCUGGACAAACUAUUUUUGAUACCUACACUGUAAAACGUGCCGAUGAUAGGCUUGUCUCAUCCCACCUUUUGUAUGGCCAAAUCCGUGAUGGAAUAUUUUAGUAACCUUCAGAUAGGGACAUAAUAGCUAUUUUUGCAAUAAUUUAGAGUAAAUUUUAUAUAUAUGAAAUGUUUAUAACCCAUGUUUAGCAACUGUAUAACCUGCCUCCCUUGUAUUAUACACAUCUCCAUCUCAUUACUUACAUGUAUGUAAUGUUGCCACAGGAUUGUUCUGAUAUGACUUUUUUUGCUAUGUUAUCAGUAUUUUUUUCUGCUUCCAAUAUGUGACGUAGUUAUCCAUAGAUUCACGUUCAACCAAAAAAUUAAUUUAUACUGCUUGGCAUAAUCCAUUCUUUUGCUCCUGACACUAGUAGAUUGUUUGGAUGUACAUUUGGAAGGUAAAGAGUUUGUGAGGGAAUAUAAAGAUGUUGAGUAUUUUAGCAACUGUCCUACGCAAACUACCAAAUAGUGUGUCAACCCCCUACACGGUGCAUUUGGCUACAGUUAACAGCAGCCAGAUGCAAGGAAGCUUGCAUGAAGACAGUUAGAACCCAAGGUCAGGUUAAACAUGAUGUGCCAAAAUCACUGAAUUCUGUAAAUGUCCUUGAAUGACCUUAAAAGAGAAGCUUCUU